UCUUGUUUGGCUCAUUCAUCUUAGCAUUGCGCUUUGCUUCUUCUUUCUCAAACUAAACUUCAAAUCACUAGUGGCUUCUAGCAAGAAGCCCUUUCUUGCUUACAUAUCUUUUAGCCAGAAAGGGAAAAAUGGAUUACAAGAGCAUGGAAGUAGAGAAGAAUGUAGUUGAAAAUUACAAAGAGGAAGAGAUGGAGAAGGAGGAGACAAUAAUCAGCAAAAAGAAGCAACUUGGAGGAAUCAAAACUAUGCCAUUUAUACUGGCAAAUGAAGUAUGUGACCGAUUUGCCGGCGUUGGUUUUCAUGCCAACAUGAUAACAUACCUAACACAGGUGCUAAACUUGCCUUUGGUAAAGGCAUCCAACACCCUCACCAACUUUGGUGGCACUUCCAGUUUCACUCCACUUAUUGGUGCUCUUAUUGCUGAUUCUUAUGCCGGCCGAUUUUGGACAAUUAUCAUUGGUUCCAUUAUUUAUGAGCUGGGGAUGAUAAGUAUUACCAUAUCAGCAAUCAUGCCGCAGCUCCGUCCUCCACCAUGUCCAACACAGCAGAACUGCGUAGAAGCUUCCCAUCUGCAGCUUUGGGUCCUUUAUGUUUGUCUUCUCCUGACAUCUAUUGGUGCUGGAGGACUUAGGCCUUGCGUUGUCACCUUUGCUGCUGACCAAUUUGACUUGAAAAAAUCUAAACAUGAUCAGUCUCAAAGUUGGAAUUUCUACAACUGGUAUUAUUUCUGCAUGGGAGUGGCUACACUUGCUGCUCUAACCAUAGUAGUCUAUAUCCAAGACAAUGUGAGUUGGGGUUUGGGUUUAGGACUUCCUACCAUUGCCAUGGCAUUAUCAAUUGUUGCUUUUGUCCUAGGGUCAUCUCUUUACAGAAAAGUAAAACCAGGAGGAAGUCCUUUGAUUAGAUUGGCACAAGUUAUUGUUGCCUCAGUGAAGAAAAGGAACGUCGUUGUUACUGAUCCUGCUUUAUUAUAUCAGAACAGAGAGUUGGAUGCUAUUAUCUCAUCCGAUGGCAGGCUUCUGCACACUAACCAGUUCAGGUGGCUUGAUCGAGCAGCAGUGGUCGUUGAUGGUGAUGACAUAAAUGGGUCGUCGAACAAGCCAAACCUGUGGAGGGUAGCUACUGUGCAUAGGGUUGAAGAGCUCAAGUGCAUCUUUAGAAUGUUGCCAGUUUGGGCUGCGGGAAUACUGCUAAUCACUUCACAUUCACAUUUGGGAAGCUUUACAAUCCUACAAGCUCGCAGCAUGGAUCGUCAUAUAUCCCACAACUUUCAAAUACCUCCUGCCAGCCUAUCAAUAUUUACUGUCUUAACUGUACUCAUGGGUCUUCCUCUAUAUGAGCGUAUCUUUUUACCAUUUGCUCGUCGCUUCACAGGAAAUCCAGCAGGAAUUACUUGCUUACAAAGAAUGGGCAUAGGCUUUGCAAUUAACAUCAUUGCCACUAUCGUUUCAGCAUUGGUUGAGAUCAAACGUAAAGCUGUGGCUGCACAACAUGGCUUAAUUGACCAACCUACUACUGUUAUACCUAUUAGUGUAUUUUGGUUGGUUCCACAGUAUUGCCUCCAUGGAGCUGCAGAAGUAUUCAUGGCAGUUGGGCACCUUGAAUUCCUCAUUGAUCAAUCUCCAGAGAGCAUGAGAAGUACUGCAGCUGCACUCAACUCGUUAACAACAUCUUUUGGAAAUUAUUUAGGCACUCUCAUGGUAUCUGUAGUUCACAAUUAUACCGGUAACGAGCACAACUGGCUACCUGACCGGAAUCUCAACAAGGGAAAAUUGGAUUAUUAUUACUGGCUUGUGACUGGAGUACAGGUUUUAAAUCUCAUAUAUUACAUGAUAUGUGUCUGGUUUUAUAAGUAUAAACCUUUGGAGGAGCUGACUGAAAGUAUCAAGGAAACUGACGUGGAGUUAGCUAACAACAAAAAUUCUUCAAGCACAGCAAAUUAACUGGUUCUAAAGGUGAUAGAGGAGUAGAACAAUAACAACAAGGGGAAAUGUUAGACCGUGAACAAGAAAUCAAGAAAAUAGAAUAGUGAUUUCAUCACUUUACUUCCGCCUACUUGUUCACAGCUGUUGUAAAUUGACGUAUAUGCUUAUAAUAAGUAAUAUUCCCUCCGUUACAAUUUAAAUGAUAACUUUCUUUAUUA